AUGAUUGUCUCUACCAAGCUUAUUCUCGCCGUUCUGGCUUUCGAGGCUGCCAUUGCAGCUGCUGCUCGUGUUCAGUAUGAUGCAGCCAACGUUGAGCAUGCCAAUAUCUUCGGACGCGAUGGUGAAAUGACUGUCACUGUCACCAUGACUGAGUGCAAUUCUGCUUCGACUCCUGCCCCUUCAGCUUCAGUCCCAGCUCCACCUGGUACUUCCACCGUCAGUGCUACUGUUCCCAACAUGACCACUGCCGUCCCAACUGGGCCUCCUGAGGCUCCUGCUACUUCAUCUGUCGUGGUUACCACCUCUGGAGCGCCCACCACAACCCCUUCUCCACCCAUGUCUUCGUCUACCCCUGAGACCAAGACUUCCGUCUCCCACGAGACUUCUCGCACCACUCGUUCCUCACCUUCUGAGACCGUGGCUACGCCUACUCCAUCUGCCAUGGCUUCUCGCCAUGUUGGUUUCCACGCAGUCUUGGCUGGUGUGAUCGGUGCUGCCAUCUUUGCAGCCUUGUAA